AUGUUUUGUCCUGCAGAGAACAUGAAUCGGAAAGCGAGAGUCCGGCGUGGAAAUCCUGGAAAAAAAUCAAAUGAAUACAGUUUUGCCUCAGAAGAUACAAAGAUCGCUCCAUGUGAUAAUCAAGAUAUUUCCAAUGUCAACAAUCAACUGUCAAGAAAUUCGGCCAAACGAAAUCUAUCGAAAGAAAUUGACCAAGAAUCGCACAGUGAAACACACGAGUUGUAUGCACGAGAUGAAAAGGGAAACAGAAACGGAAAUAUGGACGGACGUCCCUUUGUUCCUGCCAAGUGCACCUCCACGCCAGCUGUUUUGCCACAAGAUUCAGAUUUUAAACCGAAAUCUCCACAGAAGAGGAAAAAGGCUUGUGAGGAAGGAAAUUCUCUAAAGAGGAUUCCAAGUGGAAGCAAUCUUUCUGAAGGAAACAUUAAUCAUGCAACAUCUUCAACUGUUGUCAGGCAUUUGGCUUUUCCAGAAAACAACAAUGUUGCAAACAAUGAUUUGCUUGAAGAGGAAAAUACAGACAGUGCCAUUUCUGAUGAGGAAAUAGAGAGUGGAUUUGAAAAAUUUAAUAACCGACAGAAAACUCCAAGACGGCCUGUAAGUGUAAACCGUGCAGAAAACAUUGUCUCUCGCACGCCAACUCCCACACAACAGAAAUACAAGAAGGGGGACAUUGUUCAAACAGAGAAUGGUGUGCGCAAAAAAUUUAAUGGGAAACAGUGGAGACGGCUUUGUUCUCGGGAAGGAUGCAACAAGGAAUCUCAGCGAAGAGGUUAUUGUUCUCGUCAUUUGUCAUUAAAGGGCAAGUCAUUGACAAAAGGAGUUGGGAUUCCAGGACAGAAAAAAGGAAAAUUACAUGGGAAAGAGCUCACAUGGGAAUCUGGAAAUGAAAGUGAGGGAAGUGUGGAAGGAGAAGUAUCCAGCAAAGGAAAUGACCAUUACAAAGACUUGAAUAAUAAAGAAGCAGAAGCGGCUUUUUCACUGGUGUCACUGAGUAAUUCCAGGUGUGCAACACCAUUUUCUAACCCAGCCACACCUUUACCCAUUUCACCAGUUCUGGGUCAGUCCCCAUCCCCCUCACCAUAUGGUAACUGCUAUAACCGCAGCUUAACACCAGGCCAGCAUCGUUCCGUAACACCAGUGAAAACCUGGGCUACAACCACACCACGAUCAGGAAGGUCUUCAAGUGCAGAGCUUCGUUCACCAUUCUUCUCAAAUGGUGUGUCAUUAUCAAAUGCAGUUAGUCCAGAUUCUGGUAUUCUCUGCCGUGAAGAGUCUGGAAGUCGUGCUAGUAACACAUCAUCCCUCAUGUCUCCUUUACCAUUGCUCUCACCCAUUACUCCAACAAAGAGAACAUUCUCUCCUAUUUCUCCUCCAGCAGGUACAUGUCGCUCAUUUUCCCCCAUUCCCCGUAUCCCUCCAGCAAUUACAGGCAAAAGGACAGUGUCAUUACCUGCACCAUCAGCAAUUACGCCACCCAGAGAUAAAGCAGGAAGAGUGAUGUACUCUCCAAUACCUGCCCAGCCACUGCCAUUGACUUCAAACAGUACAUUUGUCCCUUUUUCGCAAGAUACUAACAAGAGAGGUCAAUCUGAUCAGGAGAAAACAAUGGAAAGUGAAGAUGACAGAAAUUCUGCAUCAGAAACUGUGGAAGAUGGUACUGAAGUAAAAUUGGAAGAGAAUUUGCAACCAAAGGAGGAUCAAGAUGUAUACACAAAAGAUAGACAAACUGAACCAACAGAGUUAACUCCUAAAGUGAUAUUACCUCCAGUUCAACUGAAUACAAUUCAGAUUUCUGUCUAUCCCUGGCAGUGUUUGUUACCGCAACUCUACCAUGUGCCUGUGAACAGCUCGCAUCAGAAGGAAACAUACGAUGUUAAUGUCUCAUCACAUGGAGGACAAAGCACCACUAAUGAGCUGACUAAAAUGGACAGAAAUGAAAACCCAGGAAGUAUGUCACUGGUAGGAGGUGAAGGUGCUAAUCAUGGUAUAGGAGGGGACAGGAAGUUAGAAAACAAAACAUCUGUCACUAGUGGACCAAACACAAGGAAAAGAGCACGGUCCACCUCCAUUAGUUCUCAGGAUGAAGGAAAACCUCCUGCCAAGAUACCGGUAAGUAGCAUGGCAAGAACACAAUAAAAUAAUGGAAUAAAACGUAAAAUUUUAAGAAAUCAGUAUGUAAAAUAUUGUUAAAAAAUCACCAUAAUUUUAUGGGGAUGAUACUUAAUUUCUGUAAACUCAGUGGUAUACAAUUACCCUUUCUUCACUCUUUUAAUUAUGGAAUUCUCAAAGAUGCAGCAUUUAUUAUUUGAAGGGUCAAGUGAAACAUUAGACCCUAAGUGUCCUCUUGACUGAAUUCUCAAUAGACUUCAAAAAGUAAUUUGGUUGUGUAAACAAUUGUGGUCUAAAAUCUCCUCUUACUUUUACAGAAUGUUGCAACCUACUCUAAUUUGAUAGCUGGCCAUCAUACAUAAUUCCCUAGGUCUGUUUAUUUGCUUGAACAUGGUUACAACUAGCUGCAAUGUUAAACCCCCUUUCUUUUUCUGGAUUUGCUUGUUUCAGCAACUGAAGUGAUCAUCUCUCAACCAUAAGUCUUGUUUGAUAUUAGUAAAACUUUGAUUAAAAUGGAAGAAAAAUUUGUUGCAGUUUUAAUUUUUUGCCACUUUCUUUAAAAGUUCAUAAAAUCUUCUAAGAUGGUUACUCUCCAAAACCCUUCAUUUUAUGUGAAAAGAAUUCUGUGCAUAAUGUUAAGUGAAUUGUAUGUAACCAUUUGAAUAAAGGAAUAUUGAUAUGCUUGGUUGCAUCAGGUAUUGUAAUAAUUUGAUAGUUGGCAAAAGUUUUUCUCUGAAACAAUUUUACUUUGGUAAUUUGACAUUUGUCCUUUUUUUAAUUGUAAGGCACCUAGUUAUCAAGCCAAGCAGGAGAAGGAACAUAUUCGCCGUCCAAUGAAUGCCUUUAUGAUCUUUAGCAAGCGUCACAGGGCUCUUGUUCAUCAGAAACACCCUCACCAAGAUAACAGGACUGUGAGUAAGAUUCUGGGUGAAUGGUGGUACAACCUUCCUGCUAAAGACAAACAGAAAUAUGUGGACCUUGCAGCCCAGGUGAGUCUGAUGACUGAGUCAUGCUGAAUUGUACCUGAUUGCAUGUUGCAUGUCUUUUUUUUAGUUUGUUUGUUUGUUUUUUCAAAUUUGCCACCAAAGCAUUAAACUGUAUUUUCUCGUAGUCUACAGGCAUAAUGACCCAUGCAAGAUGUUUGGAGAGCACUAGAACUUUUUCUUAAAAUCAUUUGCCUACAGCUCAUGACUUAAAUUUUUUAGUGUUUUCUCAACAUCCCAAGUGGGUGAUUAUAUUGGUAAAACUAUGAAAAGUGUGGUUUAUUGCUUUAAUAAACUAAAUUAAAACAAAAAAAUUUCCCAUGGAUGUAGUCCUGCAAUACACUAUGGGUUUUUGAUCAAUGAGGGUGCUGGUAAUGGUUUUUUUAUGAUGCUAAAUGUGACUCAGUAUUCAUUAAAACUGGGAUUUGUUAAAAAAAGUUGGUAAUAACUUGAAGUUUGGUUCUUGAGCUGAGAAACUCCUUCCCACCACAACCCUCAGCUCCAAAUCAAGAGAUCUCCCCAAAGGCUUUAUUACAGCAAUAACAGUGUGAUUUAUUUGUUCUAUUGCCAAUGUAAUAUUAACAAUAAUAGUCUAUUUUACAGUUGCAUGCUUAGUUUCCAAGCCUUUGAACUGGAGUGAGGCUAAGGGUGACCUUGUUAUGAUACAAACCUUGCUGCCUUUCAAAUGUAAAUGACUUUGUUAUCAUGCUAACUAGAUACUGGUCUCUAUCACAACAUUGUCAACUUCAGCCUCACUCCAAAUCAAAGGCUUGGCAACUAAGUACACAACUAAAAAACAAGGCCUAUUAGUUAUUAUCAAUAUUUAUAUUAAUUGUCGUCAGGUCAAAGAAGCUCAUUUUAGGGCUUACCCACACUGGAAGUGGUGUACAAAGGACAGAAAAAAGUCUCCUCGCAAAGUCUCUGACAGAACAGAGUCAAGUGAUUCAGUGGGUAAGUACAGAUCUGUACCCAGCAUCAACACUCUUUACAGAUAAUGGUACUUUUAUCUACUAAUUUAUGAGAGAUUAUGGCAAUAAACUCAAUUGCUGUUUUUAAAUGAUGCAUUAUUACAACUUGAAUAGCUUAUUGGGGUGUAUAAUAGGACAUUAAAGGGACAAUUUACACAUCAUGCCUGUGUAAGUAGACAGAAUGCAUCACAAGCAUGCACUGUUGUCUUGCUUUUCGCCAAGUCAACUGUUCUUUUUUUUUAUGAAAACAUGUAACCAUUGACUAGUUUCUUUCUCAAAUGUUGUCAUGGUUUUGAUUAAUUGGUAAUGGGACUUUGUGUUGUCCAAUUCUGUCUGUAAUCACACUCAUGAUUAACAAAUCGGACUUCUGCUUUGUAGCUGUCGGAUUUUGUCAAUCACUCAUGAUUACAGACCAAAUUGAACUCCACUCUGUCCUAUUACCACUAUUAAGAAUUGAAUGUUAUAUCUGACAAUGAGGUAAUUUGAAGCAGCGAGUGACCUUCAUCAUUGAUUUUGUUAGGCCUUGAGAAUUUAAUUUCCUUGUGCAGUGGCAUUUAAUCACCAGACAAAUGAUGUCCAUUGUCUCCUUAAAAUUUGAUUUUGAAAAAUGCAGUGUAAGUUAUUUUUGACAUGGUCUGCAUAUUUUCCACUUUCUGACUUUAGGGGGAGAUGGAGUGGAAUUAAACAAUAAUGAAGAACAAGAGGUAAGAACAAAUAUCUCUGUCAUUUACAGUACAUUACAUCAAGGGUGGUGAUAGUAAUUUUUUUUGGUCACUUUUGUUAUCUUUGACUUUAUUUCUGAGUUUUAAACAGAUUUGAUAAUCAAUAAUUGCUUUUACAGGGCGUUUUUGACAAUGAGAAUGACGAAACAAUGGAUGCUAAACCAAGGCUCAGAAGUAAACGUUCAUUGAGCACACCUGCACACGAACAGGAUCCAUGUCUGAAGGAAGCUGUACACAGGCCCUACACCCCACAGCCAGUCCCAACAACACAGCAUUCACUCUUUGAGCUUGCACAGGUAGUCUAUACUGUUACACCUGGAUGAACACGAGUUCUUUAUUUCAGAUGUCACUCCCAUGAGUGACUAACAUGUAGUUUCUCCUUACAAUAUCCAUACAUUAUCCAUCUUACAGGUCAUGAGAAUACUCAAAAUUAUCAGGUAGAAGUCGCUAUCUUGGUCUAACACCAUAUUAUUGUAACUAUUUUACAAGGAAAUUCUAAGCAGCUAGAGGGGAGAAUUAACAAUCAGAUCGUGGGAGUUACAGGUUUUGCUCAAAUUUUUUUUUCUUGUUGUGGUAUUUGAAAUAUAUCGACCAAAUCAGGCUUGGCCAGGAAGAAAAACAUACCUUGAAAUUGUUUAAUAUUUGAUAUUAAAUAACUGUAAUUUCCUUAAGUUUUUGACUGGUUUUUAAUACAGCAAACAUCAGUAAAACAUCAUGCUAAAUAGCGUUUUCUUAAACUAAUGUUCUUUCGAUUCAUUUCAGAUGUGUUCCGAGUUAGAUGAUAAGACCAACCCACCAACAAAGCCCCCAGUGUCAAACAAUAAACACAUCACAUUUGAACAAGGGACCAAUGAUGGGAUGAGUGAAUCAGAGGAUGAUGAUAUUGGCUCCGAGGAACUGAUGUGCAAUGAGAACAUUGAUGUUAAUGACAAAGAGUCGGAUGACUCCGAUGAGGAGGAGCUGACCAACAGGGUGUUUCCACAGCAGAGGUUCUCUCCAGUACCUUUUACGGCAAGACGAAGCCAGACACCAGACCUUGGCAAGAUCAGGUAUUCCCCUAUUGAAUUCCCUGCCAAGAGAGCCGUGACCCCGAACAUCUAUGAACAAAUGAUCUCUAAAAAUCACUCACAGGACAUUUCUGGCAAAACGGCGUCCAAAGUGGUGGACUUUAGUUUCAGGGCACCAAAAGGGCUACCUCAUUCAAAUAAAAGUAUGGACAGAACCACUGAAACUGCACCAUCGCAGAGCAGUCAGUUCGUACGCCCAAAGCUGCCGAUGGCAAAGACGUACUCUCCAGGACUAAAAGUCAGUGGCUAUUUUCAGCCAACUGGUUCAGUUUUUAGACCAAGCCAACCGUCCAGUGGUACUGCAAGCUCUAAGAAUGCGAUGUGUGCCAAUGAGAGUGCCCCCAAAGCUGCUGUGAGCACAUCUGACGUAUCUCAUGCGUCAUUUUCACAACCGGUGCUAUUCCCAAGUAACUUUACCAAAUACUCUCCCGCUACAAAUUUGUCUUCGACUAGUUAUUCUGCACACGGAUCACAAGUGAAACCAAACAGAGGAACCAGUCAUGCUGGGAUGGAGCCAAGCAAAAGUCAGACCGUCAAAGUGAUGGAAAGUUCGCAAAAGGUUCCAGUCACUGGUCAAAACGAAACAAGGCAAUCACAAGGAGCCACGUGCGUAUCUACCACUGUUCCACUGGCCAAUCAAGUGGCUUGGGCAGGUGCUUCGGAUUCCAGUUUCUUAUCUCCCCUAACAGUCUCUGUGGCUACUCACACUGCUCCACCAUUUCACAAAAGUAGUAAAACUACACUAGCUCUUUCACCAGUUGCCAAAGGGGUUCAGUUGAAGCCGAUUGCACCAAUGUUGUCCCCUCCUUUGUUGGCCUCAUCUCCCAGUGGAGAAAAAGCAUCCCAGAGAGUUCUUCUCGCCAAAAAGCCAACAGGACACCCUUCAGGAAAAAUGGAGGCAAAUCGAAGUAUGCAACAAGGUUUUCUCUCCCAUGGAGGGUUGGGUUAUUGCAAUAUAAGCCCCGCUGAACCACAUGCGGGUACUCCACUUCUACAAAACCCGCCAAAGCCAGCACAAGGCUCCUAUCACCGACAAGCUCAUGUCGGCAACAGUAACGUGCCACCACGAUCCGCCCCGCUAUCUCCGAAGGUGCCGUCAGCCAGUGCGUCCCUCUUGUCCCCAAAAGGGAGUAAAGGUAUCCCAGAGAACUUUCCCAAAACUGAGGCUGCUGCGACCUCAACAAGUUAUGCACAAGGUCACCCAAGUAGCCACAGACAACCCAGCAAGCCUCAGCCUGAUAACUGCAGUGAAGGACAAGCAAAUCUUGAGAGAAGUGAUAUACACACAACCCAGCAAAUGGGAAAGCCUAUACUCAAGAGGUUUAUAGCUGACGGAAUGGAGGAGUAAGUUCCCAUUUCGUGAAUAAUCUGUUUAUUUCAACUGUCAUGCUUUACAAAGGUUGGGCAACGCUAUCCACUGGAUAAAACUCUAUACGAUGGAUAACGCUAUACGUUUUGCUAUCACUUACCCAUCGGAUAGCAAUUUAUCCGUUAGAUAGCGAUGUCCGACCUUUAGACGACUGCGCCCUGAUAACUAAACCGUCAUCUUGAACACAGGCUGUGGUUGUGGUUGCUUAUGGUGAAAGCGUUUGUGGAACUGGCGUUCAGUUCGGUUGUGGGCCAUGAGCUUAGUCUCAAAAAGUGAUCAAAUUCUGCCUGUUCUCAAAUCCAUAAUUUUCGAACCUUUGUUUUAUUUUACAGAGUCUUAUCUGAGGUGAAUUUCGAGAGGCAAUUUGCGCAGCUUCCCGAAUAUUCACCUUACCAUCGCCAAGCUCGGGAUGGCAGGUCAACAAACAACAAGCGUGGGGUCUUGACAGCAAGUAAACCGAACGCUGACGAUUCUGGCAGUCAAUCACCUUCUCAGGAAAGGUCGUCUUCUGGUACCGGUUCAUCAGAAGAAAUCUUCCAUGGCGCAGGUCACCGCACAACGAGCAUGCCAAGUCUUGACGCGCUGGCAGAGGUCGCCGUCCUGGAACAAGGACUGAAGGAUGCUGAUAGGGAAGACAAGACAGAACCAGGCAGUCCCACUCUCUCUCCUCAUAAGAAGCCAAUGGAUCAGAGACGUGCCGUGGUUCUUCAGCUGUUUCAGGAUCAUGGCUACUUCCCUUCUGAUGCAGUGACGACUGUCUGUCAGCAGCGGAAUGCAGAUCUCUUCCAGACGAAGGGAGCGCUGCAACUCAAGAUACGAGAAGUGCGACAAAAGAUCAUGCACAAGAGUGGUGGAGGAAAUAGCAAGUAA